UUUGAGCUGGCAUGGCCCACUCAGUCGGGUUUAUUUUCCUCUGCGGCCUUGUUCUCAUCAGCAGCGCAAAGCCCCAGGAAGGAGAUGUUCUGCGGGAAUUCAAGAGGAUCAAGCAGCUCAGAUCUUUGGGUCUUCAGUUUGCUGAACUCUUCAUAGAUUUAACAAGGAAUAGUACCGAUUACGUGUCAGGCGAAGGGGAUCAGAAAUGCCACAGUGACAUAGAUAAGCUGGCAACGGGACUUCAAAGUGGGCAAUAUUGGGCCUUAAAGAUGAUCGAUGCCUGGGGCUCCAUUCCUUCGGGUCUCCUGACCGGCAACUUGUAUGACCUGGGAAACUUUGACGAGUGCCUAAGCGUCAGAGAGGAGAUCAACCAGACUAGAACUAUAAGUGGCAAGUACUGCUUUCUCACAGUUUCCCACGGAAAAGUGCUCGGACUCGAGCAUUCACUGGCUGAACCCCUAAAGUUCAAUACGGCCACUUGCUUUCCUGCCUCCUGUUCGGCAGCUCAGAUGGACGCCAUUUUAGGACAACUUUUAAGUAAGGUCCUAAACCUAACUAUUCCCAACUUGGAAAUGAGAAUCAGUGAAAGCAGUUGUCAGUGGAGCCAAAAUAAACCGUGGGAUGGUCUCACAAUUAUUACAGUAAUAAUUUUAUGCCUGAUGAGUUUUCUCGUGGCUCUCUUUACGUUGUACGAUUACUGUCUGUGUGAGAAUCCAAGUCAACUUCCUACGAUUGCAAAGGUUUUUUCAGCCAGAGCAAAUUCGCGAGUACUUUUCCACAUCGUCAAGAAUAAUUCCAGCCCGAAUGUUAUAGACUGCCUUCAUGGAAUUCGGUGCUUGACUCUCAUAUGGGUCGUUUUCUGUCAUCAGUACUUUAUAUCUCUUGCCGAUGCGAAUAUUAAUGCAUCCUACACUAUAGAGUGGGCUGAGAAACCGUUUACAAGUUUUAUUGGUCAUGCGAUUUUCUCAGUGGACUCUUUCUUCUUCCUCGGCGGCCUGCUGGUGGCCUUGAUAUCGCUGCGCUUAAUGGUCAGAACCAAAGGCAAGUUAAACGUGCCAUUAAUAUACCUGCAUCGAUUGAUCCGCAUCCUUCCUCUUCUGGCUAUAUCGAUACUUGUCUAUGUCAAACUGAUACCAAUUAUAUCAGGAGGACCACUAUUCGGAGGUGGAUUUAGUGGAAGGGAAGCUUGUGAGAGUGAAUGGUACUGGACAGUGUUAUUCCUAAAUAACUUUAAGAAGAGAAGGUGUCUCGUUCAUACGUGGUACUUAUCCGUAGACAUGCAGUUAUUCCUAUUAUCCCCUAUCCUCCUGAUCUCUCUCUAUAAAUGGGGCAAGAAGGCUGCUGCUGGAAUAGUAAUACUCAUAGUCCUGCUUUCGGGCUGCCUCUUUGCCACGAUGCUGGCAAACAACUACUCAAUGUUGUUUAAGAAAAUCAGCAGAGCAGGAGUUAUGAAGGUGUAUUUUGCCACCCACACUCACGCCACUCCCUGGCUGAUUGGAUUCUUAUUUGGAUACUUCCUGCAUUUGAAUACAAAUAAGAAGUUCCAACUGAGCAGGGUAUCUGUGUGGUCGGGAUGGAUUCUCUGCCUGGCCAUGAUCUUCACCUCAAUUUUUGCCCUCUUUUGGGAUGAAAAGUGGAGUGCUUCACCGCUGUCAACUCUGGCGGAGUCCUUCUACUACACACUCACCCGACUUGCUUGGCCAGUGGCUCUCUGCUGGGUGGUCUUCGCCUGCAUGCAAGGAUACGGGGGACUGGCCAAUAGCUUCCUCUCCUCUCCAUUGUGGCAACCGCUUUCGAGGCUAUCAUUUUCCGUCUACAUAUGGCACAUUUUAUUUUUGGAGAUAAACGCAAAAAGUGCUAGGACCAUCUCUUAUUUCUCGGAUUAUAGCCAGAUGUGUAAAUUUUGGUCGUGUUUUGGUUUCACAGUGUUGCUUUCCUACGUUAUGUAUCUUAUCAUUGAGGCGCCUUUCGCUGGCUUCGACAAUUUUAUAAGGCCAAGGAAUAUGGAAUCUAAAACAAAGUCAGUCCACAAACAGCCGGAAAGUAAUUGUGAUUUUGAGCUUAAUACUUAAAUAUAAUUAGGCUUAGGGCAAAAGUAAUAAUCUUUAAAUAUCCUAUUUGCUUACAAGUCUUACAAGUUUUGUGAAAACUUUGUGUUAAUCUAAAUCUUUUGAGAGUAAGAGUUUUAUGAAAUGAUUAUCAUUACAAUUAUGAAGAUUAUCGACUUUAUGUGAAACUAUUAUAAGUAGACCAAACGUAGGCUUUUGGUGCUACUUUAUUGUUUUCCUAUGUAAUGCACCUUAUCGUUGAGGCGCCUAUCAGUGGACUUGAACAUAUAAAACUUCAAAAGAAAUCGAGUGAAGCGAAGACAUAUUCUUAAUAAAAACAACAGAGUUAAGCCUCCAAGUCUCACCUGA